GCGGCAGGUGCAGCGGGCCGGGCGGCCGGCGAGGGGCACGCCGCGGCGGCGGGUGGAUGAGAGUUGGCGCCGAGCUCCGCGCAGGGGACCCCGACCGUCAUGUUAAGGUAAAGCAGCGGGGCUCAGUGCUGAACAUGCUAAGGAGGCUGGACAAGAUCAGGUUCAGAGGUCACAAGAGAGACGACUUCCUCGAUCUGGCCGAGUCUCCCAAUGCCUCAGACACCGAAUGCGGAGACGAGAUCCCCCUGAAGAUCCCGCGGACCUCGCCCCGGGACGGCGAGGAGCUCCGGGACCCUGCUGGUCCAGGGACCCUCAUCAUGGCCUCAGGCGUCCAGGACUUUAACCGGACGGAGUUUGAUCGGCUGAACGAGAUCAAAGGUCACUUGGAAAUCGCCUUGCUGGAAAAGCACUUCCUGCAGGAGGAGCUCCGGAAGCUGCGAGAAGAAACCAACUCGGAGACGCUGCGGCAGGAGCUGGAGCGGGAGCGGCAGCGGAGGGCGGAGCUGGAGCAGAAGGUGCAGGAGGUGCUGCGGGCCAGAACCGAGGAGCAGCCGGCACAGUCUCCGCAGGCACCGAAGGGGCAGGCCCCGGUCGGCAACGGGGCAGAGCGCCGGGGCCAGGGGGUGCCCUCCCGCGUCCAGAAGUGGUUCUACGACAAGUUUGGGGAGUACGUGGAGGACUUCAGGUUCCAGCCCGAGGAGAGCACCGUGGAGACAGAGGAGCCCCUCAGCGCCCGGAGGCUAACUGAAAACAUGAGACGACUAAAGCGCGGUGCCAAGCCCGUCACGAACUUCGUGAAGAACCUGUCUGCCUUGUCCGACUGGUACUCCAUCUACACCUCUGCCAUCGCCUUCACCGUGUACAUGAACGCCGUGUGGCACGGCUGGGCCAUCCCCAUGUUCUUAUUUCUGGCAAUUUUGAGGUUGUCCCUCAAUUACCUCAUCGCCAGGGGCUGGCGGAUACAGUGGAGCAUCGUGCCGGAGGUGUCCGAGGCCGUGGAACCCCCGAAGGAGGACCUGACGGUGUCGGAGAAGUUCCAGCUCGUGCUGGACGUGGCCCAGAAAGCUCAGAACCUGUUUGGCAAGAUGGCGGACAUCCUGGAGAAGAUCAAGAACUUGUUCAUGUGGGUCCAGCCCGAGAUCACACAGAAGCUGUAUGUGGCGCUGUGGGCUGCCUUCCUGGCCUCCUGCUUUUUCCCCUACCGCCUGGUGGGGCUCGCUGUAGGGCUCUACGCGGGCAUCAAGUUUUUCCUCAUCGACUUCAUCUUCAAGCGCUGCCCGCGGCUGCGCGCCAGGUACGACACGCCCUACAUCAUCUGGAAGAGCCUGCCCACCGACCCCCAGCUCAAGGAGCGCUCCGGCAACGCCGUGUCCCGCAGGCUGCAGACGGCCACGUCUCGGAGCUACGUGUCCAGUGCGCCGGCCGGCCUGAGCAAGGACGAAGAGUCCGGUCGCUGCCACACCACCAAGAAGGGCAACUUCCACGAGAUCUUUAACCUGACCGAGAACGAGCGGCCACUGGCAGUGUGUGAGAGCGGCUGGCGCUGCUGCCUCAUCAACAGGGACCGGAAGAUGCCGACCGACUACAUCAGGAACGGGGUCCUGUACGUGACGGAGAAUUACCUGUGCUUUGAAAGCUCCAAAUCCGGGUCUUCCAAGAGGAACAAGGUCAUCAAGCUGGUGGACAUCACUGACAUCCAGAAGUACAAAGUCCUGUCUGUCCUCCCGGGCUCGGGCAUGGGGAUCGCCGUGUCGACGCCAUCCACCCAGAAGCCGCUCGUGUUCGGCGCCAUGGUGCACAGGGACGAAGCGUUCGAGACCAUCUUCAGCCAGUACAUGAAGAUUACUGCAGCAGCGGCCGCCGGAGGCGACAGCUAGCACUGACUCCCCGGGGCGUGGCGGGGGCUCUGAAACACUCCGGUCGUGGAAGAACCUUGGAUGUCCUCAUGACCUUCGGCAAUAACUCCCCUGCCCUGCGGUUUUGGUUGUCGAUCCCUGCAUUCUACGGACCUGGCACGAGGGGCCUGGGGCUCCCCAUGGUGGUGCCCGGGCAAGGCGCCGCAGGCGCCCGAGUGACACCAGGUGGGCAGAGGAGCUCCAGGACUUGUGGCCACGCACUGCCUUGGCCUUGUCAAGCACAUGACCGUGUCCUCCGGCCCAGCCUGGGGGGCAGGGGAGGGUCACCCUGCAGGCUCUCCAGAGACCAGAAGUUCUUCCACCACCAAAGCCAUAGCCGAGGCACGUGGCGGGCCCCUCCUCCUGGGGUUAAGAAGCGGUGAGGAGCCCCAUGGAGGCCCUGACUGCCCGCCAAGAGACGAACCAGCCCAACCCUCCUCCUGCUGUCCUUGUAGUGUGGGGGUGGGGCGGGGCACCUUUGUGGGAGCAGAGAGGCUGCUGGGAGCUCUGGGCAUGCUGGGUGGCCCUCCCCCAAUCCGGCCUCUCCAGAGGGGACCCUGGAGUCGGUAGCCAAAGGGUGAAGGCACAGCUUUGUCCCCCUGUGCUCUCUGGACAAGCCCAGGGGGACACUGAGGGGGCUCUUGGGGGUGCGCUGAGCUUUGGUUGUGCUCAAGACCCCGCCCCCGGCAGCAGCCCUGGGGGUGGCUGGGGUGGGGGCUGGAGCACCCUCCCCACGGGCUCUGGGGAGUGGCCGAGCGCUGGGAGAUGGCCACCAGUGGGAGCACGUGUGACCGAUUUAUCCUGGGGCGUCUGCAGGUGGCUCUGCCGUGAGCAGGAGCCGGCGCGGAGACCGGCGCGGGCACCUCCCGCUCUGCCCGUCUCCACGCUGGGGCCCUCCCACGCCUUCCGCUUGUCCCCAGUCCUUUGGCUGUCACUAGAUUGUUUUUUGAAGAAACAGAAGAUUCUAUUUUUUACAGAGAGCAAGCUGUUUUUCUUAUUUUUGUAUCAUUUUUCAGAUGUGAUUUGUACCUUUGCUCCCCAAUCCUCAUCCAGGGUGGGGAGACUUGUGGCGUGGGCCCAGGUCAGCCUCUCACAGGGGCCGGGGGUCACUCGCCGGGGAUGGGGGGUGCACGCACACCCAGCGGCCAGACUGCGCACACGUCCUGGCCGCACAGCUGCCAGUCUUCCAGAAGAUUCUGCACAUCAGCCUCGUAAAUGGAGAUGGGACCCUGGCUAAGCAGCGAGUCCGCUCUCGGUGCACCUGGGGAGACGCAGCCCACCGGGAAGCCCCUGGGUGGCUAAGGCAACACCAGGUGGGCCUGACCUGUCCCCAGGGAUGGCUGCCAGGGUGACACACUUCUCCCCAGGGCCCGGGGUCUCCGGGUCUGUGCCUUUCGUAAGGCACUAAAAUCGUCCCAAGCACAGGGGGGUGGGGGUUAUUCAGCAGGGCAGGUGGUUAAGUUUGAGUCCCUUUAAAGAGAAAGGGAGAUGAAAACUGACCACACACUGGGGGGUGGGGCAUCAGGGCCCGCCCCAGGUUGGCCAGCAGCAGGCCCGUUUUUGGGGUCCCAGGGGGCCAGGAGCGGAGCAGGUCCCCGUUGGCGGGAAUCCACGGCUUUUGUGGAAUUGGGUGAAUCUGGGCAGACUCCAUCCUGCGACUAAUCAUGAACUGGGAUGGAUGUUUGGCCACGGCUGGCGCUCUGGUCUGUCUUGGAUCUGUACAUAGUCGUUACCAGUGUGAUUCCUGUGCAACAGAAUUCUGAAGAACCGAUAAAAAAAAAAAAAAAAAACCCUCUGUAACAUUUUUAAGGAUACCUUGUUAAAAGAAAAAGUCUUGUAUAAAUUAUAAUUUUUAUUUAAAUAAACCUAAAGCGCUUUGUGCUAA